GGCUUGCUUCCACUGCAGCCACUGAGCGAGCGGCGGAGCAGUGAGUCAGUCCGCGCACAGUGCAAGUCAUCCUGACUCCAGCGGUUUCAGCGCGAGCGUGGGCUGUGCUACUGUUUGCUAGCUGUUAGCCGCAGGUACCAUAGCACCAGCGCUCCGUCUCAUUUGUAGUAUCUGUUAGCAACAUGAGCACCGAGGCAAAGAUGUUGCUGAACCACGCCAAGACUCUCCGGCUCCACACCGGGAACUUAGUCAACAGGAGCCGCCUCAAAAAGAAGUGUCCCGGCUCCCCCAGCGAGGAGCUUCAAGACUGCAUUCAGGCCACGCUGAGCGACUGGAUUGCUGCGACAAAGCUGCCUUCCAUGGACCUUCCAGAUACACUGGAUUGCUCCAUCCCCCAGGCAACGGAUGCCAUCACACCUGAAGAGAGGGAGGAGGUGAAGGUUUCAGUUAAGCUCUUCCUGUGUGAGCCGGUUCAGUCCUCCAUCAGAGAUGCAGUGGAGCUGGCCUGUCAGACGCUGGCCGUGUCCCAGGUGGACUCUGUGAUCAUAGCGCCACCUGGGCCUUUGGAGGGUGACAACCUAAAUUUGGUACAUCUCCAACCAGCCUGGGAGGAGCUGGAGGCUCUGGUCAGAAGCCAAAGGAUUGUUGCCAUUGGCACUUCUGACCUGGACAAAGAUCUGCUGGAAGAGCUGUACAACUGGGCUCAGGUGAAGCCCAGCAGUAACCAGGUCAACCUGGCGUCCUGCUGUGUGAUGCCUCCUGAUCUGACAGCCUUUGCUAAAGAGUUUGACAUCCAGCUGCUCACACACAACGAUCCCAAAGAGCUGCUAUCAGCAGCCACCUUCCAGGAGGCCAUGCAGGAGGGAACACAGGACCUGAACAUUGCUGACUGGAGGAUGGAGUGGGUCCUGCGCUACUCUGUUAUAGUGAAGAGCAGGGGCAUCAUCAAGUCUAAAGGCUACCUUGUCAGUGCAAGAAAGGCGAGCCCUUAGCACACACCACCAGAGAAGGAGAAGAAACAGGGAUGAAGCCAUUUUCUUCCUUUUUCAUUAACAUACACAACAUGCAAACUCACAGCUCUGAAUUAUGGGUCAUAAAUCAUGAGUCUUGAAGUCAUUGUUUUAUCUUAUAGAUAAGGGUGUGUUUCUUCGGUUCAACAGAUGCAGGUGUUCAUUACAAUGGUCUCAGUAAGAUUUAACCUAAAAGAUGAACAUAGAUCAAUCCCAGAGAUGUUUUUUGGGAGAAAAGAUUGUCAGUUGCUAAGUCUUGAACCAAGGUUCACGAACCUUGUACUCAUAUGAAGUGCCUCUCAUCUUUUAGUCGUCCUGUCCUAAUACCUGCUCUGUGAAUCAAACUUCAAAUACAGACAUUUGAAUGAAAUAAUCAUAAGUAGGUCCAUCUUAGAAAACGUAGAAAAGCCUUAUUUUAUAGAGAAUGAUUUCAAAAAUUAUGAAAGGAUGAAGAAUAUCUAGUGUACAAAAAAAUGAUUUUAUUCAUGAAAUUCCUGCUGUAUGUGACAGCAUUCACAUUCCUUGAGUGAGAAAAAAAGAUGCACUAGUUCAAAUCCAACGACCCAACCCAAUGAGAUUUGUACUUGAUUGAAUUAGAUUUCAAGCAUUAAGGUCGAUAACUGUGUGAACAUAAAAAUUGUAUUUUGUCAUGCUUUCUUUCUAACUGUGUGCUGAUUUUGGCACUGCAUUGAAAUGUUUACCUUUCUGCGCUUAUGAGAUUCAUUUGAGAUUUGGGAAUAUGGCAAAUCUUUUGUCAUUGACAUAAAUAGAAGAACAACAUCUUCUAUAGCACUGGAACAUUUUUAAAUCUGAUGUUUUUAUUUAUGAAUCAUUGUCUUUUUCAGACAGGGUCCCAGUAAAUCCAGUGAAGACAAUUUUCUGUUUUAUUGUAAACAUAUUUUAUGUUGUCAUAUCUGUAUAUCGUGAAUUGGCUUUAAUAAACAAAUGAAACAUGUUUGUACUGUGAA